AUGCAUCGUCUUUUUGCUGAGCUGGAGCCAUCUUUAACCGUCACAGAGCAAAACCUGGCAGACCGAGUUCGGUAUAUCUUGCGCUCAAAUAUAUUUGAUGUCGCCGAACUCGAACGGCUACGACGUGAGGCUGUUCCCUCGUCGGAUGAGAAAGCUACGGCUGAGGAUGCGGCGCCACAAAUGGUAGAGCAACCCGUAAACGUGGAUGCCGCCGUGAAUACCCCAGUUGUGGUUGAUUCAAACGAUGAUGGAACAGUCGCCCAGGAACUGGAAUUAGAGCAUAUGAGGAGUACAUUGGAAGAGGCGAUUGUGGAAACGCGCAGUACGCCUCUCGAAAAUCGACCGCGACUUCCCCCGCAUAGCCCUAAGCAAGCGGAAUCGGGCUGUCGUGAGGACUCUGAACCCAAUGCUGGUGACCUAUUUGAAGCCAGCCGGGACCUUUGCGAGACGGACUCAAUCUUUUUGGCGCCGCGCUGGCAGUCUGCCGUAUCAUAG